CACAAGGGACAACCAGGCUGACUUUUCUUCCCCUGGCCAGCCCAAUGACAUUCUUCCCUUUUGCUAACCACUCCCCGAGGCUGGCCUGGCUGCUCACAAACAGCCAGUCAGCCAGCUCUGGAGAGGCAGCCCACAGGCUCUUCCUCAGGCCCCAAGCUGGGUGCUGCUCCCCACUUCAUCGGAGGGAAAGUGCUCUUUGAAGAGUUUGACAGGACCCCAGCCAUGGUGGCCUUCCUGUUCUGUGGCAUGCUUCUGGCAGCCCUUGGCUCUGUCACCUGGACCUUGCCGAAUCCUGCGGAGUCCAGCUUUGACUUAGCAGAGAUGGGGCCUGACCUGGCUGAGAAGAUAAACGAAACUCAUGCCAAAGUGUUGGAGAUCUGGAAGGAGUUGAGACGGCUGAGGGAGGCGGAAGCCACGGAGAUGCACGCAAUCUGCCAGGUGCAGCCAUCAGCCUCGCUGGCGUCCGAUCAGCCGCGGGUCACCGGCCUGGUCCUCUUCAAGCAGCUGUCACCCAGCUCCAGGCUUGAGGCCUUCUUCGAUCUGGAGGGCUUCCCCGCCGAGCCAAACGCCUCCAGCCGUGCCAUCCACGUGCAUCAGUUCGGGGACCUGAGCCAGGGCUGCGAGUCCACCGGGCCUCACUACAACCCGACGGCGGUGCAGCACCCGCGCCACCCGGGCGACUUCGGCAACUUCAUGGUGCGCGACGGCCGCCUCUGGAAGCACCGCACCGGCUUGAACGCUUCACUGGCCGGCCCGCACUCGAUCUUGGGCCGCGCGGUGGUGGUCCACGCCGGCGAGGAUGACAUGGGCCGCGGCGGUAACCAGGCCAGCCUGGAGAACGGUAACGCCGGCCGUCGGCUCGCCUGCUGCGUGGUGGGCACCAGCAGCUCCGCCGCCUGGGAGCGUCAGGUACUGGAGCGCAAGAAGCGGCGGCAGGAGAGAGAGUGCAAGACCUCUUAAGCGUCACUCCCGGCAGCAGAGCCCAGCCGUGCCAUGCAGAGAUGCCUCCACGACCCCCAGUCACCUCUGCGAGCCCCACACGCUUCCUCGCACCCCUGACACCUCUGUAUGGCCCCAGGUCUCUUCCUUCCUCCCCCACCGUCACCUCCGCGCUCCCCAGAUGUUCCCCACGUGGACCAGACACCGUUCCUCUGUGUCCUAGGACACCUCGAGUGACCCAAGAAUCUUUUCGUGCCCUAGGCACUUCUAGAGAUGAAGAGCUCCUUCGUGCACCAGAUAACUCCCUAUGAUGGAGGUUCCCUCCGUUCUUGACACUCCACUUUAAGGGCCCUCUGUGUCCCGAUAACCACACAAGCCCUUAGCAUCCCCUUUGAAACAGUCUUUGAGUCUGUUUGCUUCCCGAGGAAAUUCCCCUCCCCCCUGCCGAGAUCGCAAAUGCUCCGCCACUUUCCUUUCACUCUGAUGAUCUCCAAGCCAGAACCUUUGAGGGCCCCCAACCCCCCCUACACGGAAAUACUCCUCACCCCACUUCCGCUUGCCUUCCUUUUCUUUCCUACCCCCCCUAACACAAGAGACUUCUGUCUUCCCUAGCGACCUCUUCUUUCUUCCUUUUGUUCCUCCUAGGCGCCCUGAGACCACCCUGCACACAAGCCUAGGGUGCCAGGUCUCAGCGCUCCUCCUGCGGUGCCCUGGGUUCUGUUUUCAGCUAUUUCCCAUAGGGCGCCUGCCCCCCAUGGAGAGCAGCUCCUGCGACGGUAUUUGGCAACCUUUGUGUUGCACAUUAAAAACACAGCAAUUCAAUCCUA